AGAAAUUGAAGGAAAAUAAAGAUGGAAGAGUGAGUAUAAAUAAGGUACAGUCACCCACACGGAAAUGGCAGCCAUUGCAACCAUUUUGGUUUGUUUCAAAACCACUUCGUCUUCUCCGUUUCUCGCUAGACUCGCCUCGCGUCUCCAUUUUGCUGCAUUCCCUCUGCGUUCUCCAUCGAGGAAACUCAUGACGCACACUCUCGCACGUGCCACUCUCGGUCUCACACAUCCCGCUGAUAUCGAAACCCCCAAGAUCUGUUUUGCUGCCAAGGAUGUUGAUGUGACUGAAUGGAAAGGGGACAUUUUAGCAGUGGCUGUUACCGAGAAAGACCUGACUAGAAAUGCAAAAUCCAAGUUUGAGAAUGUGAUUUUGAGCAAGAUUGACUCAAAGUUGGGUGGUCUUUUAGCUGAAGCCUCUUCUGAAGAGGAUUUCUCUGGCAAAGUUGGUCAAUCAACUGUUCUUAGAAUUACAGGACUUGGAUCGAAGAGGGUUGGAUUGAUUGGUCUUGGACAAUCACCUUCCACUCCAGCACCUUUUAAGAGUCUUGGUGAGGCCGUCGUGGCGGCGGCCAAGUCUUCUCAAGCAAGCAGUGUUGCCAUUGUCCUUGCCUCUUCUGAAGGACUCUCUGCACAAUCAAAGCUUAGCACUGCUUAUGCAAUUGCCUCUGGGGCUGUGCUGGGAAUAUUUGAAGAUAAUAGAUACAAGUCAGAAGCAAAGAAAACAUCACUUAGAUCCAUUGACAUUAUUGGUCUUGGGACGGGACCUGAACUGGAGAAGAAACUUAAGUAUGCAGGAGAUGUUUCUUCUGGAGUUAUAUUUGGAAGGGAGCUUGUAAAUUCUCCUGCUAAUGUGCUCACGCCAGGAGUGUUGGCAGAAGAGGCAGUUAAGAUUGCUUCCACCUACAGUGAUGUUUUCACUGCUAAAAUAUUAAAUGCCGAGCAAUGUCAGGAAUUAAAAAUGGGGUCCUAUCUGGGUGUUGCUGCAGCAUCCGCAAAUCCUCCUCAUUUUAUCCAUCUAUGUUACAAACCUCCAAGUGGACCUGUCAAUGUCAAACUGGCUUUAGUUGGAAAAGGUUUGACUUUUGACAGUGGUGGCUACAACAUCAAGACUGGACCUGCCUGUUCAAUUGAACUGAUGAAAUUUGAUAUGGGUGGUUCAGCUGCAGUUUUAGGCACAGCAAAAGCUCUCGGUCAAAUCAAACCUCUAGGGGUGGAGGUUCAUUUUAUAGUUGCGGCUUGUGAGAAUAUGAUUAGUGGAACCGGUAUGAGGCCUGGAGAUGUUGUCACAGCUUCAAAUGGAAAGACUAUAGAGGUUAACAACACUGAUGCUGAAGGUAGACUUACCCUGGCAGAUGCUCUAGUAUAUGCUUGUAACCAAGGUGUCGAAAAGAUUAUUGACUUGGCAACCUUGACUGGGGCCUGCGUUGUUGCUCUUGGACCCUCAAUUGCAGGUGUGUUUACACCGAGUGAUGACCUAGCAAAGGAAGUUUUUGAAGCUUCUAAUGCAAGUGGCGAGAAACUAUGGAGGCUUCCAUUAGAGGAAAGUUACUGGGAAUCAAUGAAAUCAGGAGUGGCUGAUAUGCUGAACACUGGUGGACGACAAGGUGGUGCCAUUGUUGCUGCUCUCUUCUUAAAACAGUUUGUUGAUGAAAAGGUUCAAUGGAUGCAUAUUGACAUGGCUGGUCCUGUGUGGAAUGACAAGAAGCGUUCAGCAACAGGAUUUGGCAUUGCUACUUUAGUGGAGUGGGUUUUGAAAAACGGUUCAAAAGCCAACUGAAAUCUUCAAAUCUUGUUACAUCAUCGUGUGUGAAACACAGGAUGAGAUGAACUCAUCUUGUGAUGUUUGUUUCAAUGGGAUUUGGUUAUAUGAAUAACUUAUAUUUUAAGGGAUGGAAAAUGUGGUAAGCUGAGGCAUUUUUAGUGUUUUAAACUUUUUAAUACAAAGUUUUUGGUUUUUGUUUUU